AUGGUCAAUAUUCCCAAAACUCAGACAGCGGCUACUGUCCCAAAACUUGGUGGCGGAGUUGUUUUUGUGCAUGACUAUCCGGUGCCGCAGCCGGGUCACAAUGAAGUCCUGGCCAAAGUUCUCUAUUCGGGCGUCUGCCAGAGCGAUCUCCACACUCAAGCUGGCAUUGCAGCAUCAGCUCAGGGAACGCCAAUUCGUAAUGUGAAGCUACCUCAUGUUGGAGGGCAUGAAGGCGUUGGACGCAUCAUUGCCUUGGGUCCUGGCGUAGAUGAGGACAUCAAAGUUGGCACAUAUGUUGGUAUCAGAUUCGCAAGUCGAAUUUGCCGGCGAUGCAACUUUUGUUUGGCUGGAAAGGAGCAGCAUUGCAUUAAGAGCACGAACCACUUGCAUCAUGAAGAUGGAAGCUUUCAGGAGUACAUUGCCUUGGAUGCUGGCUAUCUCACGCUGCUGCCUGAUGAUAUCGACCCUGUUACCACCGGACCUGUUCUCUGUGCUGGAUUGACCACUUACAAGGCAGUCAAAAAUUGCAAUGUCAGCGCAGGAGACUCUGUUGUAGUUGUUGGUGCUGGUGGUGGACUGGGUCAUCUCGCAGUUCAAUAUGCACUGGCUCAAGGCGCUAUCGUAUACGCCGUUGACGGUGGUGCUGAGAAAGGAGAGUUCCUGAAGUCGCUUGGUGUGACUGGCUACGUCGAUUUUACGACCACUCCUGAUCUCACUGAGAAGAUUCACGAGAUUACCAACGGGGGAGCGGAUGCCGUCAUCGUAACAGCGGCGAAUCCAAAGGCGUUUGCCCAGGCCGCUGAAAUGCUCGCCGUCGGCGGGACGCUCAGCUGUGUUGGAAUUCCUGCAGAGAGAUGUUUUCUCGAAACGCCCAUCAGCACCAUCGUGAUCAAAGGUCUUCAUAUAACUGGUAACCUGGUUGGAUCGCUCAAAGAAUGCUUGGAGGCGGUGGAUCUCGUACGAAGAGGCAUUGUGAAGCCCAAGGUUACGGUUCGUCCGUUUGAGGACUUGCCCAAGAUUUAUGAAGAGCUGGAGAGGGGUGAUGUUUUGGGCCGUAUUGUGUUGAAAAUUGCAAAGGACGAGGCUGUCCCCCUUCGGUUUCUGUCUCUUCUCCUCCUGCCUCUGACUAUCAUCUCAAAGCACAUCCCAGUGACCAUCGAAAUCUCACCGGUAAAGAAUAUCGUAUCACGGACUACAGCCUCAACCAUGUGUCAAACAACUGGUGUUCCUUCAUCUUCUGAGCGGGCCACCUUGAGUGCCGCUGCCAGAGCUGUGGUGCCGAACCAUCCCGCCGCUCAAGAGGCCCUCGAUGUUGCUCUCAAGUCGCUUUCGCCAUCCCUCUUCAACCACAGCCUCCGCCUAUACAUCUACGCCCAAGCGCUGCUCAACUCGUCGUCGGCUGGACUACCCGGUUCCUUUGAAGCCUUCAAGGGGGUUUCAGUUGAGCCUCACGUGCUCUUCGUUGCUUGUAUCUACCAUGAUCUGAGCACGGUCGAAAAGUAUGACAGCAACCCCAAGCGCUUUGAGAUCGUUGCUGGCGAUGAAGCAGUGCAGCUGCUACUUAAGCACGGUGAGAGUGAAUCGGCCGCUAGGGAAGCCUGGCUCGCCAUGUCACUACAUACCACGCCCCAUAUUCCGGAGAACCUUGGAGGAGCCGUACAGGCAUUGCGACUAGGAAUAAGGACUGAGUUCCGCGGGUACGAGUUGGCGAAAGAGGCGCUCACGAAGGAACAAUGGAGGGUCGUCAAGGAAGACUUGCCUCGUCUUGAGAUUGAGAAGGAUCUUUCUGAUGCAGUUGUUCGACAGGCGUUGGCGACUGAGGAAAAGGCACCAAGAAUGACAUGGGCAGGAGAGCUAUUGAAGUGGAAGAAGGCGAACCCGGAUUACCAGGGCACCAACCAAGCAUUCUGA